AUGUCCUCGAGCUCAAACACCCCUCCGGAGGGGUACUUCAAUGAUUUGUCACGACCGACUGGGAACAAUGGACGGAACAAACGAAAUCGAAGUCCAAGUGGUGAGGCAAAUGGCGGGGAUGCUGCCAGUGGAGGAGACAACAAUGUCCCAAAGCCGAAGAGAAUUGCUUGCAUUAUCUGCAGGAAGAGGAAACUGAAGUGUGAUGGAUCCAAACCGAGCUGCUCCACAUGUACAAGAUUGGGCCAUAGUUGCGCGUAUGAUGAGGUUCGAAGGAAGUCUGGUCCCAAACGGGGUUAUGUCAAAGCCUUGGAAGAGCGACUGAAACAAGUCGAAACCUUGCUGAAGACUCAGGACCCCGCCGUCACCACGGCAGAAGUUCCACCAACAACCUUUACAGCGGGACAAGGAGGUGUAAGUGGGAUUAAUCUUGGUUCUGUACCUGCUGGUGAUUUCAACAUUUCCAAUCCUGCGAUCGGCAUUGUUGAGAACACUGACCGUUGGAGAUUCAAUGGAGAAUCUCCGCAACCGCCCUUGAAUGACCUUGGAUUUGGAGCAGACAUGAACAUGGGGAUGGGCCUUGACGAUAACACGUUCACCUGGGAAAUGAUUGGGCUUGGUCUGGAAGAGCCGCUUCCUCCACAAGAGACCAUCGACGAGUUACACCAAAUUUACUUCGACAAGAUACACCCAUCAAUGCCAAUGAUUCACAAGUUCCGGUACCUCGCAGCCAUGAAUUUAGCGCCCAGUCAACGUCCUCCUGUUGCCCUCCGUUACGCCAUGUGGACUCUCGCUGCGUCUGUGGUGGAGAAGUUCAUGGAUCUCAAAGAGCACUUCUACCAACGAGCUCGAAAGUACGUGGAGAGCGAUUAUUUGAAAGGUCAUGGGGAGCAUAUGAUCUCCAUUGCUCAUGCGCAGACACAUGCUCUUCUCGCGUCGUUUGAGUUUAAGAUGAUGUACUUUCCAAGGGCAUGGAUGAGCACUGGAUCAGCCAUUCGUUUGUGUCAAAUGAUGGGCUUGCACAGAUUGGAUGGAGCAGGCUUGGAUGUGAAACAGUGCCUCCCCCCUCCCCGUGAUUGGACGGAACGGGAAGAGAGACGCAGGACCUUCUGGUUUGCUUUCUGCGAAGACCGAUAUGCAAGUAUUGGAACGGGUUGGCCUAUGACCAUUGACGAAAAGGAUAUUUUGACCGAUCUUCCUGCUUCGGACGAGGCCUUCGAAAUGAGCAAACCAGAGCGCACGCAAUCUCUUUCUGAUGCAAUGAGCCCAUCUGGGGCGUCGAAGCUCUCGGCGUUUGCGGGUGUAGUAUUGAUGGCGUGUUUGUUUGGACGAAACCUGAUUCAUCUACAUCGACCCGACGCAGACAAGCGAGACAAUGACCUGAAUGGCGAAUUCUGGAAGCGCCACAGGAAUAUGGACAACAUCCUCCUCAACACCUCAUUAUCUCUGCCCUCCCAUCUGAAAUUGCCGAACGGGCUAUCCAAUCCCAACAUCGUCUUCACCAAUAUGAACAUCCACACUUCCACUAUCUGUCUGCAUCAAGCUGCAAUCUACAAGGCAGACAAGAAUCAUCUUCCAGCAUCGAUCAGUGCAGAGAGCAAAGUACGUUGCAUCACGGCUGCAAAUGAGAUUGCUAGUGUCAUGCGGAUGAUCUCUCAUAUGGACUUAUCUGCUAUGAACCCCUUUAUCUCUUUUUGCUUAUACGUGGCGGCCCGUGUUUUCGUCCAAUAUCUGAAGAGUCGACCAGAUGAUAGUCAGACAGGCGAUUCUCUUCGGUUCCUUCUAUCUGCUAUGAACGCUUUGAAAAGGAAGAAUCCAUUGACAGAGUCAUUCUUGGUUCAAUUGGACGUUGAUCUCGAGGGACUAGGCAUGCGCAAUCCGAAAUACAAGUCGGUGUUCGCAUAUAGUGACGAUAAUCUCGGCAUCUCCAGCGCCAGGGCCCCUCAACUGGGCCCUCAAACGACAACAACUGCGGGCGGUAUAAGGGUUCAGAAUCAGUGCAAUUUCCUAAGAAUCUCAGACGACAUAAAUCCAAUGGACGACAACAGUCCAACUGGACCGACAGCCACCUCGAACGAUUUCCGCAGUGAAUCCGAUCCGGCCGCAGCAGAAUCGGCAAAUGCUCGUAACGAUAGUUUUGGGGACCAGCCUAAUUGGAUGCCAAUUGACAGCCAGCUUUCUUCGGACCAGGGACAGAACGUCCAACGCAAUUUGCAGGGUUUAGCAAUUGAAGAUAUGGCUUCAAUUUCCAUUACCACGGCGAACUACCUAAACCGCGAGAUGAAUAAUGGCAGUGGCUAUGGUAAUAGCGAGAGCAACACCACUGCUGACUCUGGACUCUCACCAGACACAGCAAACUCAACCUCCAAUCGACCAACACCAAGCGCCAGCACACCCUCUGACACACGUCCCAGUCUCCAGCCGGGACAAACCUCAGGAGGCAAAUCCUAUGAGACCAGCCCUGCUUCUUCGAACCAACGUCUUCCAACCGCCGAUGGACGUGCGUUGGGCUCUUUUUUCUCCACUCAGCCAGACUAUAGUAAUAUUCCUUCAACAGGUCUUACCCCUGAUAAUACUUUCACCAUGCCAGAGACCCCUGGUAGGUCCUUCGACGUACCUAGUGGGUGGGAGAUGAGCAACCAAACAACAGGAUUAACACCUGUUGGGGAAGGAGUAUUUAGAACACUAAUGGGAUUAGGACCAAUGGAUCCUAUGGAUAUUGGAUGGGAAGGCGGCUCUUAG